AGCGGCGCGCCCCAUGUGAGUGCCGGCCCCCCCACCCCCACCACCCUCGCCGAUCCCGCAAAGCAACAGCUCGCGCGCGCCCAGGCAAAAAAGCCAGCGGAAAGGUUCGGGGCCGCUUGCUACCCGACCACACCACCACCGCACCGCACCGCCAGGCCAACCCUCCUGCCUGCCUGCCUGCCUGCCAGCGCGACCCAGAGACCCGUCCCGCGCGCGUGCUCUCUCUCGCCCACCCAGCUAGCCCGCCCGCCUGCCCGCCUGCCAUGCGCGCAGGAUCCGCGGCGGGGAUCUGAGCGACGAUGGCGGUGGCGGAGGCGAGGACGCCCCGGCGGCGCCACGGGAGCAUGGCGCUCGCCGACCUGCUGCUGCGGGAGGCCUCGGCGGAGCGGGCCGACGCGGCGGGGGGCGAGCGGCCCGGGGUCGCGGCGGGGCAGGCGGCCCGGGCCAGGAAGGGCGAGGACUACGCGCUGCUCAAGCAGGGCUGCGAGCGCCACCCGGGCGCCUCCUUCUCCGCAUUCGCCAUGUUCGACGGCCACAACGGGGCCGCCGCCGCGGUCUACGCCAAGGAGCGGCUCCUCGCCAAUGUGCUCGGCUGCGUCCCCGCCCACCUCACCAGGGACGAGUGGCUCGCCGCGCUGCCCAGGGCGCUCGUCGCCGGCUUCGUCAAGACCGACAAGGAUUUCCAGACAAGAGCGCACUCUUCGGGGACAACCGUGACGCUCGUCAUAAUCGACGGCUCCGUUGUGACCGCCGCAUCCGUCGGUGAUUCUCGAUGUGUCCUUGAAGCAGAGGGUUCAAUUUACUACUUGUCGGCUGAUCAUCGUUUUGAUGCUAGCGGGGAGGAAGUUGGACGUGUAACAGAAUGUGGAGGUGAAGUUGGCAGGCUAAAUAUUGUUGGUGGAGCUGAGAUUGGCCCCCUUAGAUGUUGGCCAGGAGGUUUAUGCCUAUCAAGAUCAAUUGGUGAUCAGGAUGUUGGUGAAUUUAUCAUUCCUGUUCCUUUUGUGAAGCAGAUCAAGCUAUCUAGUGCUGGAGGUCGUCUAAUUAUUUCAAGUGACGGUGUUUGGGAUGCCUUGACUGCGGAAAUGGCUUUUAGUUGCGCACGAGGGCUUCCUCCAGAGGCUGCAGCGGAUCAAAUUGUCAAAGAAGCAGUGGAUGCAAAAGGAUUAAGGGAUGAUACAACUUGUAUUGUUAUUGACAUAAUACCGCCAGAAAAACCGAAAUCCACUAUACAUUCUCGAAAGAAGGCACGGAAUGGCUUUAGUCUUUUGAAAAAUAUAUUCAUCAGAAAAAGAACAUCAGACACAUUAUCACGUGCUGAUACGGAGCGUACUUCUGAGCCCGACUUGGUGGAGGAAGUCUUUGAGGAUGGAUGCCCAUCUCUGCUAAGAUGGCUGAAAUUGUAUAUGCUGGAACACAGGUUCUGUUAGAUUCUGUGACAACGGUCGAUGCCAUACAUCUAAUAGAAAAUAUCAUUUCGAUUGAGCAUUGGGUAUGGGUUUUCUACUAUAUAACACCUUACCAUUCAAUGAAACAGGGCAUAGCCCUUUAGACUGAAGUCAGGUUGGUACAGGUGUUGCUGUGAUUGGGUACCACAUGUUACAUUUGUGUUUAAUUUAGUAUAUUUGGCUAGCAUUACAUUUUAUCAACCAGGCAACAAGUCUUCUUUCGACAAUUAUUAUUGUAGGACGCUAUACUUCUUUUGUAGCAUUGCUAAAUAUUUGGAUUCAGUCCUUCAAGAUUAUUUUGUCAAAAAAUAUGAUUCGAUGUUUGAUUGGCAACAAUUGUCAUGUCUCGUGAAAACACCAUAUUUUGCCAUAAGCCUUGUUGGGUUCCACCAUAGAUUGACAACAACGGGACAACUCAAACUCCCCAACCAUAGUGUUCAUCCAGAACUUGACACAAACAUCAAAAGAGAAAGAAAUGUCAACCAUCCAAUCCUAAACUUAUGGCGAAAGUUCACUUUUCAACACUGAACUUUAAAACCAUUUAAAAUACUACCUUGAACUAUUGAAAUGCUUCAGUUUCACCUCAAGUGGUUUCACAAGUGCCUUGCGGCCCACAUGGAUGCCACAGGUCUGCAACCUCACUUCCACAUCGUAAAAAAAAACUUUGCCUUUGCCUUUUUUUCUCUCAAGCAUGGACAGGGUUUCAACUAGCCAUGGACAGGAUUGCGUGGAAGUUAGCUAUCCAUGACUUGGUUUCGAGAUCUUACGAGUUUCAACUCUAGCCUACCCCAAUUUCUUUGGGACUGAACGGCUUUGUUGUUGUACUAUUUUUCUCUGGCUUCUAAGUAUUUUCUCUUUUGUGGAAGUUAUUUUAUCCCAAUGGUUCUGUUUGUCUUAUAUUG